GCUGUUGACUUUGGAAGCGGCCAUUACAACGCCGCUUGCUGCCGUCUGAUUUCGCUGUGUUGGCAUUACUUAGUCGCCUACCUCCCGUUUGUUUCAGCCGCGGCUUAAUUUUUGCGUCUUCGCUUGAGUCUGCCUAAUGAGUAGUCACAUAACGAUCGAGUGAGCCGGCGCGACGUCGUAUUCAUCGUGUGACUGAUUCACAACACCUAGUUAUUGUCCGGCCGGCGUCGUGUCCUAGACAUCGUAGUCGUCAAAGAUGCAGCGACCCAUCGACGAAUACCGUCAGCCCUGGGAGAGCAACGAGCACUGGGAGUUGCGGCGCGAGUUUAUCGUCGCCAACCAGGGUCGAUUCAGCGAGAACCGGGUGCUGUGCCUGGCACAGGCGUUCGCCAACGUGGAGCUUCUCGGGUGCACUUACCCGGCCCCGGUGAUGGCUCAGGUGAACGAGCUGGCCAAGAACGUCUCCUCCCUGUCGGUGGUGCAGGAGAAGCGGCGCGAAAACAGCCGCGUCCUCUUCGUCAAGGGCGAAGACGACGACGCCAAGAGAAGGAAGAGUUCGUCCCUGGGCACCUACACCCGCGCGCCCCGGUACGAUGACCAGUCCCGGAUGAGAGCCGCGUCUUUCUUCCAGCGCUAAGAAAGAACACCCAGACUUCACUACGUGCAUGUUCUGAGAAGGCAACAACGCCGCCGUUCAUUGUAUAGCACCAAGCUGGUGACUCGAGUUCACGAUUGUGACUUGCUGCUCAGUUGCACGCAUGACAGUUUCGCGAGAAGGGCCAGUCUGAAAGAUUCUUAUAGGGAGGUUUAAAAUUCUUGUCUCCAUGGCCUGACCAUAAAAUUUAGCGUAAUGCUGUGUAAAUUACGCAUCUUGUUGAUACGAACGCGUUCAUCGUUUCGAGUUUUUGUACUUGGGCGAUUGUACAUAGUUCUUACAGCGAAUGUUGAUCAGCCUGAUUUUGCGUUUGACUGUGUCAACGCAGUAAUUUCACCGCAGCAUUUCCCUCUUUAAUUAUCUGUAUAUUUAGCAAACGAAAGAACGCAACACAGUCACCUUGAAAGCUUAAGAUACCAAAAUUUAACUUUUGUCAGGAGCUUCUAACAAACUUCAGAUUCAGUCGUGUUACGUAAUCAAUUUGGCUGCACUGGCUGAACUAGGUUUAGGAAAUGCAGAUAUACGAAAAUUUAGUUUUAUCCUCCGCAUUUGACAGCACUAAAGGCGUUGCAAAACCAACACAUGUAGCAGCAUGCACAGUUUUAAUGCGUUACUAUUGUCACCCAAUGCCAUGUCAUUACAGCGGCAGCCACUUUCAUUUCUUUGUUUUCUAAGAUAAACAGCACAGUGUUUCUUGCUGCAUUGCGAAAUACCCGGGAUGUUGAGCAAAAAAGCAGCAGCCAAAGCUCCAUUCUGCCGUUUAAUAAACGAGUGCCAGUGAAUAUGCCAUCAUUACACCAUACUCACAGAAUUUUGUUAAACAAUCGUGAGAAUCUUGACUUCUUUUGCAGAUGCAAUGCUACUCAUUACCUCAGCUAAUGUGCUGUUCCCUGAUUUCUUUGCUAAAAUGCUUCAGCAAAUCGAAGCAGUUGUGUUCCUCAAUCGCUUGCUUUAAAUUGGUGUUACGUACAUGCCGUAUAUAAAAGGUUAAUUUUUUUUCUUCAACAGAUCCUGUGUGAACUUCACAGUUGAUGUUUCUUUAAAUAUGAGAAUACAUUUUAUUUGAUAAUCAGUGGUCAUUAUUCUUGAACAUUUUCAUUUAAUUAAAAAUAUAGCUGCGCCGUACUCCCUUGCUAAAUAUUUUAAGCUCUCCUCAUUUUUCAGUUCUUUUCUACAAUUGUGCUUCUUCGUGGCCAAAAGGAAUGUGAAUGUGAUCAUUAAAUUUUCUUCAACACGGAUUGAGGUUUGGACUUGGUGAGAUCAAUUGUUGUUGCAUUUGUGAUGCCCGUACAUGCAGAAAACUUCUCUUAGCAUUGCCAACAGCCUGGACCGUGCUUUUUUAGCGAUCUCCUAUGCUCAGUUUUUUGCUGCUUUUAUAUUACACUGAUGACAGUCGGCUGACAUUAUUAAUAAUGCAGGUGGAGUGUCACUGUGACCGCUGAUAAUACAUGAAAAGUGAUGUUAUCUAAAAAGGCAUCUUGACAAAAUCGCAGGACUAAUUUGCAAUAUUCAAUUGUUCUAACUACUGGCCUUUUAUUGUCAGAAACAACUGUCGGCUACCACGAAGCAACAUCUCCACUAACUGUAAUUUUGUUUUGCUGGUCCUUUUUCUUUCCAAAGUGUGCUGGUCCGCUGUGGUAGGAAUGUUGUGAUCUUAGCCAAAUACUCGGACCAAGGGUGUGAGAACGAACAGAAAACUGGCCAUU